GGUCACGUGAUUAGCAGUAUGUUUCAACAGCGUACUCGGUGAUGAGGUGUUUGGUGUGGAAUUCUGUAGCAAAGUUUUCAUUGAUACGAUGGUGGACACCGACCGAGAUAAUAACAAUGCCGUUGCAAGUAAAGGCAUAUUAAAACGGCGAAUUUUCGUCCUGAAUGAUAGGACAUCCCAAGAAUCCACAGCAGCGGCGGUCAAAUCGCUUCAAGGCGCCAGUUGUUGUCUGGCGAACACUCCCAAACGAUACGUGACGUUCGACAAAACGAUCACGAUCAAGAAUGACAAGGAUCUGGUGGUUAAAAAGCCACUUAAGUUGGAACUCGUCAUCGACAACUGGAAGUCAAACGGCUCGAAAACGUCGACCGAAACGAUUCGGCCCGAUUCUGGGAUUGUUAGACGUUUAGUCGACGAGUUCAACACUUUUGAAAAAAAAGCCAUAGCAGCAAAGUUAGUUGACGGCAAAUCAUCGUUACACAUUCAAUGGAAAAGUUCCGGUAAGGUAACCGAUCUUAUAAAUAUGUUCAAUUCGAAAUCAACCACCGAAAAACCUGAAGAACUUGGAAUAAAAUUCAUCGAUUUUUGACAGUAGGUACGUACUUAUCAAAUGCAAAUAUAGUUAUAAAACGCAACGUUAGAGUCGACCUUACUCCACCAACUGACAUUAUCGGAGUGUUGAAUUUUAUUCUGGAAGAGUACGAUAUUUUUUUAGUUUUACUUUUUGUCAUUUGUAUUGUUGUCACGACUAUAGCAAUUGUAAUAUUUUUUUUGUCCAUAAUUUAUAACUAUUUUUUG